GUGUCCCCCUGCCCACAAAAUGCUCAGCUUGGACUCACUACGGUUUGACAACUCUUUCGGCUGCCAGUAUCCAGAUGCAAUACUCCAAGAUCUGGAGGCAUUCAAUAAACAUGGCAACAGCUACUCGCAGACCAGUGAGUCUGACACCCAAACAGACCUCCUGUGGAGUUUGAUAGAAGCAGAGGAUCCUGGUUACGAGACAUACGACAAUAUACAGUUGACCUCACUGCAGAAUGUCCAGCUGCCCUAUCUCCCGAGCACCUAUCCCCAGUACUGCCUAGACACCUUGCAGGCUCUAGAUGGAACAGUACAAUGCCCAGCACAAUGUCCACUGCCUGACGACCUAUAUAUUGGCGAGCCAUAUCCCCCCUAUGCCACGUACCCAAUGCCUGGUAAUGUGCCCAGCCCACCCCUUUCCGAGGAGGAAGAUUUUCGCCACGCAGAGAGCCCACCCCUAGAAGUGUCGGACAGUGACUCAGAUGAGAACUUCUCUCCGGGGGAAUGCAUUGGUUAUGAUCCAGGUGUACGCAAGAAGGUGCGUCUGUACAAAUUCCUGCUGGAACUUUUGCAGAACGGAGACAUGAGGGAUUGCAUCUGGUGGUUGGACCGCGAGCGAGGGACCUUCCAGUUCUCCUCCAAACACAAAGAAUUGCUGGCUCAUCGUUGGGGCCAACAAAAAGGCAACCGCAAGAAAAUGACCUACCAGAAAAUGGCCCGUGCCCUGCGCAAUUAUGGCAAAACCGGCGAGAUCCGCAAAGUGAAGAAGAAGCUGACAUAUCAGUUUGACAGCCUGCUGCUGGGGGAGAGGAGUGCUGAGCCAAUGUUGCACGCUCUCUCCUAGACUUGCCCACCCUCUGGGUACAUGAAACCAAAGACCCCCCCAAAGAUUCUCUCUUAUCAUCAACUUUUGUUUUAUCUUUUUUGAGAUUGUGUGGGAUGGGAGUGGGGCUACGUUUCAUAAUCUUGGCAUAAGUAUGCACUGAAGACUAUGGAAAGGAGGUUGCAAAAACCACAAGAGUCGGCCAUGACACUGCCAGAGAAGGCAUCAGAUCAUUCACAAUGGACCCUCGCGAGCUCCUCGUAAAGAUGGCGGUGAUGGAAGUUAAAGUGAUGUUGGUAGAAAAGCAUAGUUUAAGGGUUUAGCAAGUGAACACGGGGCAGAAUGAUGGGGCAGGUAGCAUUCUGAUGAUGGACUGGAAUCAUGCAGGUCACAUGACUAUGUACUCGCGAGCUCAUGAUGUCACUAGGCCGAUGCACUCUCCCAAGUCUGUAGGGAUAGCAUUUUGCCAUCAGUUCUCUUAUGCUUCUAUUAUUUUUUUUUUCUUCUUCUUUUAUGAAUUUGCUCUAAUUAUUCUUUUCUUCCAUAUUGGAUAGACUAAUGUAGAGAUAAACCAAUAGAGCAAUAUUAUCAGUCGUUGUGAGUUUGGCGUUAGAAGGUGCUUAUAGCACAGACUUCCAGGAGCCUUUAUACGAACUCGGAAAUAACGGUUGUUUUCUCGUACACAGAAAAUGUUGUGGAAUGUUCAUUGUAACGAUGGGGGACCUUCUGUUUGUUUCAGUUGCAGUGGGUGUGGCCAUCUUGGGAAAUACCAUCCCUAUCUCCAAUAAAGGUUGUGCCCCGCUGCCUAACAUAAGUAAUCAAAGGGGGGUUCUGGGGGCUCUCUUCUACUUGUAAUCCUUAUUCCACAUCAUAUACAGGGGUUGUUGUUUGCCACUGAAAAUUAUUUCUGAAUUUGGCUUCAAUUCCCUACAAUGAUUGCAUUUUAAGCUUUUCUGUAGGUUUCCAACUCUCUCAUUUAGCCAUGUAGUAGGCAUGGUAGUGACUAAAACAUCUGUGACUGUGGGCGGGGCUUACUAACAUGGCUGGAUGGGGCAAUGUUAGUAGGGCCCGCCCACAGCCACUGAUGUUUUUUACCCCAGGGAAGGGCAGGCAUCAAACACUAGCAUGAAAGCUCUGCAUAUUAUUGAUUCAAAUGGAUGUUCAGAUGUAGGCAGGGCCAGUUGGUAUUGUGGGUGGGUGUGUCCCCCUGGCUUAGGGGCGGAGCAUGGGUAAUCCUAGAGGUGUCAGAAGGGUACAAUCUUGAAAAUGCUUGAUUUAAAAAAAAAAAAAAAAAA